CACCACUUCUGAAAGGUUGCCGACCCCCGACUUACUCAAUUCACACAGCGAGUUUGCAGUGUACCUGGAAGUAAAACCCACAAGUACAGACUCACAGUCCCUGUUCUAGCUCCUGUGCACACUUAACUUUUCAUAUUUAAAUAUUUUUCAAUUCCAUUUCUCUUCCCAAUAAACUUCUCCCAUUCAGUUCAGAAAAAUAAACAUUAGAAGAGAAACAAUAAAUACUCAUAAAUGUUGUGUAUUCUUGUGACAACACACCAAAGACCUUGCACUCACUUAGAGUUAAUGGCAAAACUCCCACUGAUUUCACUGAGUUGAGGACUGGAUCUUUAAUUUCACUCAGAAUUGUAAUCAGCCAAUCAAAUCUUCCAAUUUCAGCCUAUCCUGUACGGUGUUAAGCUACUUUGAAAUGGGUAAAGGAACAGUUUCAUGGCUGUUGUAAACCCGUUUAUGCCAACAGAGUUAAACAAGACUAAAUAUCCUCCAAGUAUAUAUUACAAAAUAUUCACUUAUAGACCCAUUGUGGAUAUGUGUGCUAACAGCCCUAAAGAUUAUACAAAGCCAGCAUACAAACAGCUGCUGCCAGGGGCUAUUCAUGGAAAGAUUUGGAAAGAUGACCGCAGUGGCUGGUACAAGCGUGUGGAGAAUAAUGGUUGGAGACUUCUUUCAAUCAGAUUUUGGAGGACCAUAGAUCCCUUAACUGAUGAGGACAACACAAAGGAAAAGGAAUUCCAUUACUCUAAGUUGAAGAGGAAACAAGACAUUGACCGGAGAAGAAAAAGGAGAAAAAUUGAAUGGAUGACAAAAAUGUAUUAUGCAGGAAGCUUGCGGGUCAAAACAGAGGACCCUACCACUGCAAUCUUAAUUCAGAGAAGUGCAGAAGGCAUCGUCAAUGCUGUUGAGAAAGGAGGAACAGACAAUGUAAUGGAAUGGGAAGUGGAUGAACUGUUGCAAUGGACAAAUGCACUUAACUUCGAAGAAUAUAUUAGCCAGUGGAAAGAAAUUGCAACAAGCAACUCAUCAGCUAACUACCAGGGUUUCCAGUUUAUUGUAUCACAACAUGAUCCAUGUGAAUUCUCACAGCUAUCCCAUGGAAACAUCCAGGAAACACCAAUCCCUAAUCCAUUACCUUUAAAUGAAACAGACUUCAAGUCAGGGACAUCUAUAACACCAUUAAACUCACCUUGUAAUCUCCCAAUGGAUAACAAUGCUGAAUGAUAAUUUUGCUCCUAUUCAUUAGAAUACUAUUUUGCUCUACUUCAAUUUGAUAUGAAAUGGAGCUAUAGCUUCAGCAGUUAGAGCUGAUUAAACAAGAAAUCUGCAUGUAAAACACAAACGUGCUGCAUGAUUCUCUCCUCUAUAAAAACAAAUUACAACAGUAUCCAAAAUUGGUUUGAAUCAGUCAUAAUGUGCUAAUAAUAACCUCCCCUAUUUUUCUCCCUCUUCUAGAACACCUACGUUCUAUACAAUAAAAUUAUGCCAAAUGCUUC